AUGCUUAAGGAAAAUUAUGGUUACCCAGAUACUCUUGACUUUAGUGACAGAUAUAAAGAAGCUAUUAGAAAGUUCAAGGAAGGAAAUACUGACCCGAACCUAUUUAGCUUUAUGGUUCAGCAUCAAAUCGGAUAUAAUCUCAAACCUGGAAAAUACAAGCUCGCAAAGGGAUAUGAUUUAAUAGCAUAUCAUCCAAAUGACAUGGAUGAAUUUACUCCGAGAUAUUUGAUGUCAGAGCUAAAUGAUAAUUCAACUCUCUUCAUGAAACGUGUAAAAAAUAGAGACGGAACGAAAGAAGAAAGGGUUAUGAAUGCGGAUGACUUAGAAAGGGAAUUCGUUAAAAACGGUCUCGGAAUAUAUGAAAUGCCAGCAGAUGAGGUACAAGAAACUCAACAGGAAGAAGUUCAGAUACAACCAGACAUGGAAGAAAUAGUUCAGCAACAACAGCUAGAAGAGCCUGAAGGAAACGAACAAGUCCCUCCUUUGGAAACUAACUUCACAGAACUAGAUGAAGAUUUGGAACAGCCGAAAAAUCUUGACCCUCAACAAGAGUAUGAGGUGAAUAUGGAAUCUUUCCAAGAGUCUAAGAAAAAUUCGGCUGACAUAGUAGAAGAAUAUCGAAA